UCCGAGAGAAAAGAGGGGAGAGUCAAGACGGCUCAACAGAUCACUGCUGAAAACGGAGGAAGCAAACAGGUCGGCAACUAGAUGCGAUAAAGCGAAUAAAAACGAAAAUUUAAACUUCUUUUUUGGAUAAUAGUCAUAGCGUGGAGAGAAACUGGAAAUUUAAAUAGCACUCAUAUUUUUUUUUCCUGUAUCGCAUUUCCUGGCUCUGCUGAUUUCCAUCCUCCGGCAGAAAUUGACAGCAGCUGGGGUCGCUCCUACAGCCAAGGACACAAAAUUUAGCAUUUUGCUCCCCUGCCUCCCCUUUCCCCAGAGUAUAUGUGACUGUACUCGUUAGAAAGGAUUUUUCUUUUAGACCGGCUCUCCUUGCUUUACACAGGAGCAGCCAUUUACUUUUUCUGUUAGCCGAGACGUAGCUAGCCUGCUAGCUAACUCUAUUAGCUAGGUGGUUAGCUACGCGUAGGAAUUAACAUCUGGUUUCGGCGAGAGAAGACACUUCGGAAGAUGUCGACCAAGGAGCAGAACAAACUCUCCACCACUGAGCGGCCCAUUAAAGCCGUGCCGUAUCCCCCGACGACGCGUCUCACCUUGAAGGAGCUCUACGAGGAUGGUCGGCCCAAGGUGGAGCUGCUUAAGGCUCACCUGCUGAAGGAAGGACGGCUGGAGGAGGAUGCGGCGCUGCGCAUCAUCAAUGACGGGGCCACCAUCCUGCGCCAUGAGAAGUGCAUGCUGGAGGUGGAGGCGCCUAUUACAGUGUGUGGAGACGUUCAUGGACAGUUCUUUGACCUGAUGAAGUUGUUCGAGGUCGGUGGUUCUCCCAACAACACACGCUACCUAUUCCUGGGAGAUUACGUGGAUCGAGGUUACUUUAGCAUCGAGUGUGUGCUGUAUCUGUGGGCUCUGAAGAUCAACCACCCCACCACACUCUUUCUCCUCCGAGGAAACCAUGAGUGCCGGCACCUCACAGAGUACUUUACCUUCAAACAAGAGUGCAAGAUAAAGUAUUCGGAGCGCGUUUAUGACGCGUGCAUGGAGGCGUUUGACUGUUUGCCUCUGGCCGCACUGUUGAAUCAGCAGUUCCUGUGUGUGCACGGCGGCCUGUCGCCUGAAAUCAGCUGCCUUGAUGACAUUCGCAAGUUAGACCGGUUUAAGGAGCCUCCAGCGUUCGGGCCGAUGUGUGACCUGCUUUGGUCAGACCCUGGUGAGGAUUACGGCAGUGAAAAAACACAGGAGCACUUCUGUCACAACAGUGUGAGAGGCUGCUCUUAUUUCUACAGUUAUCCUGCUGUGUGUGAUUUCCUGAUGAACAAUAACUUGUUGUCGAUUAUCCGAGCACACGAAGCCCAGGAUGCAGGGUACCGAAUGUACAGAAAAAGCCAGACGACAGGUUUUCCAUCGUUAAUCACUAUCUUCUCAGCACCGAACUACUUAGAUGUUUAUAAUAAUAAAGCUGCUGUGUUGAAGUAUGAGAAUAACGUCAUGAAUAUCCGUCAGUUUAACUGCUCUCCUCAUCCGUACUGGCUGCCGAACUUCAUGGACGUUUUUACGUGGUCUUUGCCUUUUGUCGGAGAGAAAGUGACAGAGAUGCUGGUGAACGUGUUGAACAUUUGCUCUGAUGAUGAGCUCAUGUCAGAAGGAGACGACACCUGUGAAGGUGGUGCACCGGCUGUCCGUAAGGAGGUGAUCAGGAAUAAGAUUCGUGCUAUAGGCAAAAUGGCACGAGUUUUCUCCAUACUUAGGGAGGAGAAUGAGAGUGUGUUACAGCUGAAGGGUUUGACUCCCACUGGGACGCUGCCACUCGGGGUGCUUUCUGGAGGAAGGCAGACACUGCAGAGCGCCACCGUAGAAGCAGCCGAGGCCCGAGCUAUUCAAGGCUUCAACCCUCAGCACAAGAUCCAGAGUUUCGAAGAGGCACGCGGUUUGGAUCGGAUAAACGAAAGAAUGCCUCCGCGAAAGGACUCGACAGCCAACUCCAUCAACACCGACAAGAACGGCACCAACGCACAGGCGUAGUCACUCUCCGCCCUAUCCAUGUCGUCCCCCUCCUCUCUCUCUCUCUCUCGCUCUCUAUCUCCAUUUCUGUCUGUUCUGCUCAUCUUAAAUUUAUUUCUGGACCGUUUUGUGAGAGAACGGGCACCAACACACCGGCGUAAUUCCACUCCAUGUAAAAAAAAACAAAAAAAAAAAACACUCUUCUCUUUUUCUCCAUCGACUUCUCUCCCUCCAUCAAAUUUCGCCUGGAAAAAAAAUGGCACAACAUCAUGAAAAAAAAACAACCUUUUUUAUUAAUUUAUUGAUAUGUGGUAAAUUAAGUACAUCAUGUUGGGAAAAAUAUAAAUAAAUAAAUUACAAUGAGUAUUCAAAGAGUAUAAAACAGUAUACAUGAAUAUAUACUUAUUAUAUAUAAAUAGCCUUGGAUUGGUUUCAUCAGUCAAACUCCAUUUUGUAAUUUUUAGUUCCUGGUUAAUUUAGCCUUUGUUAUUAUUAUUUUAUUUUUUCUUUCAGCCAAGAUUUGUAGUUUAGCAAAAAUGAAUAUAUAUUGCGCAUGCUUGGCAAAUUAGCACUGGAUUAAGGUGCAGAUCUUUGUAAGUUGCCAAGAUAAAUAUGAAGUCCUGAGUUAGGGAUAUAAAAAAAAGCUUUCAUUUGUGAAAUGCUUCCAUGUAUUUAAAAAAAAAAAAAAAAAAAAAAAAGCCAAUGAUGGAGUGCAUGACUAAAGUGUUCACAUGUUGACUUGUAGGUUUGCACAUUUUAAAGUGAUCCUACACUUGAAUGUUUGGAUAUUAUCAUUAUUAUUAUUAUUAUUAUUAUUAUAGUACUUUACAGCCCAAUUUGGACAAAGCAAAAUAACACAAUCAUAGAAUCUUAAUGAAUGGAAAGCAGUGAGUGUGUGUAAGUGUUUCUCUCAUCACAUGCCACUCAAACUGGCAUCUCUGUAGAUGUUUGCUGAUGUUGAUUAGACAAGACAUGAUAUGAUGCAGCAAUGAUUUCUUAUUCUGGACUUUAAAGUGUCACAUUAUUUUUGUGAGCAAAAAAGAAAGUAAAAAGAAAAAUCACAGUUCACACGUGAUGAGUGAAGAACGGCAUGAUUGCAGUAAAUACUUAACCCGAGCAGCUCAACGUUCUAAGAAAAGAAAAAAAAAAAGAAACAAAAAAUACAUGGGUGUACUUAUGUUCACCUUGUGGCAGUAGGUGGAAGUGUCAAGCGUACACUUUUUAUACCUUUAGCAUUUAUAUCGUACCAUAAAAGGUGCAUGUGUAGCUUUAAAUCUUUACUGAAAAAGGUGAUUACCGUUCAAAGAUUUGUACUAAAGGUAUGAAAGUUAAGGCAGCAAAGAAUGCUAAAGUUUAGUACCAAUUUUUAAGACUGUACAUCUAAAUGUGAUGUAUUUCUAAAUAUCAUAUUGCAUCAUAUAAAUGAUCCUAUGUCUACUGCACAAUGCAGAGGUGUUUCGUUAGAACAGAUUAUUAAUUUAGUCACAAAUUAUUUUUUUGGGGGGGGGGGGAAGAUUUCUGGAUAAGGAUUUGGAGUAAAAAGGGAUGGAAGUGAGUAUUCUAAAAACAAAUAAAUAUAAUAAAUGUUUUAAAAAAAAUAGCAUGCAUGCCUUACAUUCAGCAAAUUUCCCAUAAUGCCAUGUUCUUCCUGCCUUUGUCUUUUUCUUUCUUAAAAAACAACUAAAUGGUAUCCUUUAUUAUUAUUAUUAUGAAUGCAAAGCCAGUUUCACCCCAAUGAUACUUUAGGACUUGUAUGUACUUGUUUUUUUUUUGUUUUGUUUUUUUUUUUUUUUUUCUUUCUUUCUUUUAAAAAUUCUGUUUAGUUUGCCGUCAUGUUUUUUUCUUCUUUUUUUGUAGUAAUAACUAUGACAUCAGGGACCAAUUCUUUCAUUGAAGGUCUGAUCAACUUAAUAUUAUUAAUAUAUUUUUUUUAUUGACACUUCAUAGUUGUCUCUCCUUUAAAGUCUCAAUAAUGGGUUUAUUUUAUUUAUUUGCUUUCUCCAUUCUGAGCUCCAUGACAUGCGACUAUAGUAACUUUACUCCCCCUGCAUUAGGACUUCUGACAGCGACUGAUUUAUGCAUUUUAAGGAUUUAGAAUUAUAAGGCAUUGUGAGGGUGAUGACGAAAAAAAAAAAAAAAAAAAGAGGGUGAUGACGAUGUUGGGAGGAAAGUCUGUGUCAGAGUUACGGUGAAGGAAGAUCCAAAGCAAAGCUGUUACAGCUGUAAACUACAGAUUAGAGAUUAACUUAUCUGAUUAAGUUAGUGCUAAUAAAGUUUAUGAAGCGAUUAAGAGUUGCUCAAUUCCAUGAACGUCAUAGAGGUAUCUCUUGUGUUCAAGAUAAAUCUGUUGGAUAUAAUCAGUCUGCUUAAAUGGCUGAAAGAUUUUCACAGAUUAAACUUUAAACAUGUUCAGAAGGAAUUGCAUCAUCCAAAAUCUGAUAUCAGUUCUAUUAUAGAAGCCACAGAGCUGUGCAUUGUGGGAAGUGCUGCAGCACCAAGUCAUUGACAAGAAAUAGAAAGAUUUUUUUUGUUCUUUUAUUAUUAUUUUUCUAUCUUUCCCUCCUUUUUUCAUUCAUAUGCUUGCUGAUUGUGUUGUCCCUGUUCUCCACAAAAUGGAUCCGCAGAAUCCAAAGGCUUUUUGUUGUUUAUUUUGUUAUUUUCUGUUAUUUUAUUUCUUCCCCUCCUUAUCUGAUGUAAAGGGGAACUGUGGUGUGGUGUGUUUUUGACCGUAUUUAGGGCUUUUUUUUUGCAUUUUGCAUUAUUAAGGAGUUGAAUGGAGAUGUGCUCCAGCUCAGGAGGGCUUCAUUUCUGACUUCUGUUAUGGAUUCCAAACAUAUCUUACAGAAUGUACAGAAGAUUGAUAUCUAUUAGGAUUUUUAUUUCUUAAUAGCUGAUAAAAGAUUUUUUUUGUCAAGUACUUGUAUUGCGAGGCCUCAACAAAUCUUGAUUUAUGUAGAUGUAUCACACCAUUAAAAGAUAAAAAGGACAAAAAGAACUAUAAAAACAAAUAUAUAAAAAGUUGGGGAAAAGAAA